GAGCCGAGCGUGCGCCUCGCCCUCCUCCCGCGCCCGCUCUGCUCUAGGAUGCUGCGGCAGGUUCUGCACAGGGGCUUGAGGACGUGUUUCUCCCGGCUUGGCCACUUCAUUGCCAGUCACCCUGUCUUCUUCGCCUCGGCGCCGGUGCUCAUCUCCAUCCUGCUCGGCGCCAGCUUCAGCCGCUACCAGGUCGAGGAGAGCGUGGAGCACCUGCUGGCGCCCCAGCACAGCCUAGCCAAGAUCGAGCGCAACCUCGUCAACAGCCUCUUCCCGGUCAACCGCUCCAAGCACCGUCUCUACUCGGACCUGCAGACCCCCGGGCGCUACGGCCGGGUCAUCGUCACCUCCUUCCAAAAAGCCAACAUGCUGGACCAGCACCACACCGACCUGAUCUUAAAGUUGCAUGCUGCUGUGACCAAGAUCCAGGUUCCAAGGCCUGGUUUUAAUUACACAUUUGCCCAUAUAUGUAUCCUGAAUAAUGAUAAGACUUGCAUCGUGGAUGACAUAGUGCACGUCCUGGAAGAGCUAAAGAACGCUCGGGCCACCAAUCGGACUAAUUUUGCUAUCACAUACCCAAUCACUCACUUAAAGGACGGGAGGGCUGUGUACAAUGGGCACCAGCUUGGGGGCGUCACUGUGCACAGCAAAGACCGGGUGAAAUCUGCAGAGGCCAUCCAGCUUACCUACUACCUGCAGUCAAUCAACAGUCUCAAUGACAUGGUAGCUGAGAGGUGGGAGUCCAGCUUCUGCGACACUGUCAGACUGUUUCAGAAAUCCAACAGCAAAGUCAGAAUGUACCCUUACACGUCCUCCUCACUGAGGGAAGAUUUCCAGAAGACCAGCCGCGUAUCAGAACGUUACCUGGUCACCAGCCUGAUCCUGGUGGUCACCAUGGCCAUCCUUUGCUGCUCUAUGCAGGACUGCGUCCGCAGCAAACCCUGGCUAGGCCUACUUGGAUUGGUGACCAUAAGCCUGGCCACUCUCACUGCAGCCGGGAUCAUCAAUCUUACUGGUGGGAAAUAUAAUUCUACCUUCCUGGGAGUCCCUUUCAUCAUGCUAGGUCAUGGAUUAUAUGGGACUUUUGAAAUGUUAUCCUCCUGGAGGAAAACUAGAGAAGACCAACAUGUUAAAGAGAGAACUGCAGCAGUCUAUGCAGACUCCAUGCUCUCCUUUUCUCUCACCACUGCCAUGUACCUGGUCACCUUUGGCAUAGGGGCCAGCCCUUUCACAAACAUUGAGGCAGCCAGGAUUUUCUGCUGCAAUUCCUGUAUUGCAAUCUUCUUCAACUACCUCUAUGUACUCUCGUUUUAUGGUUCCAGCCUAGUGUUCACUGGCUACAUAGAAAACAAUUACCAGCAUAGUAUCUUCUGCAGGAAAGUCCCAAAGCCUGAGGCAUUGCAGGAGAAGCCGGCAUGGUACAGGUUUCUCCUGACGGCCAGAUUCAGUGAGGAUACAACUGAAGGCGAGGAAGCGAACACUUACGAGAGUCACCUAUUGGUAUGUUUCCUCAAACGCUAUUACUGUGACUGGAUAACCAACACCUAUGUCAAGCCUUUUGUAGUUCUCUUUUAUCUUAUUUAUAUUUCCUUUGCCUUAAUGGGCUAUCUGCAGGUCAGUGAAGGGUCAGACCUUAGUAACAUCGUAGCAACCGCGACACAAACCAUUGAGUACACUACUGCCCAGCAAAAGUACUUUAGCAACUACAGUCCUGUGAUUGGGUUUUACAUUUAUGAGUCUAUAGAAUACUGGAACACUAGUGUCCAAGAAGAUGUUCUAGAAUACACCAAGGGGUUUGUGCGGAUAUCCUGGUUUGAGAGCUAUUUAAAUUACCUUCGGAAACUCAAUGUAUCCACUGGCUUGCCUAAGAAAAAUUUCACAGACAUGUUGAGGAAUUCCUUUCUGAAAGCCCCUCAAUUUUCACAUUUUCAAGAGGACAUCAUCUUCUCUAAAAAAUACAAUGAUGAGGUCGACGUAGUGGCCUCCAGAAUGUUUUUGGUGGCCAAGACCAUGGAAACAAACAGAGAAGAACUCUAUGAUCUCUUGGAAACCCUGAGGAGACUUUCUGUCACCUCCAAGGUGAAGUUCAUCGUCUUCAAUCCGUCCUUUGUGUACAUGGAUCGAUAUGCCUCCUCUCUGGGAGCCCCCCUGCACAACUCCUGCAUCAGUGCUUUGUUCCUGCUAUUCUUCUCGGCAUUCCUGGUGGCAGAUUCACUGAUUAACGUCUGGAUCACUCUAACAGUUGUGUCUGUGGAGUUUGGAGUGAUAGGUUUCAUGACAUUAUGGAAAGUAGAACUGGACUGCAUUUCUGUGCUAUGCUUAAUUUAUGGAAUUAAUUACACAAUUGACAAUUGUGCUCCACUGUUAUCCACCUUUGUUCUGGGCAAGGAUUUCACAAGAACUAAAUGGGUAAAAAAUGCCCUGGAAGUGCAUGGGGUAGCUAUUUUACAGAGUUACCUCUGCUAUAUUGUUGGUCUGAUUCCUCUUGCAGCUGUGCCUUCAAAUCUGACCUGUACACUGUUCAGGUGCUUGUUUUUAAUAGCAUUUGUCACCUUCUUUCACUGCUUUGCCAUUUUACCUGUGAUACUGACUUUCCUGCCACCUUCUAAGAAAAAAAGGAAAGAGAAGAAAAAUCCUGAAAACCGAGAGGAAAUUGAGUGUGUAGAAAUGGUGGACAUCGAUAGUACCCGUGUGGUUGACCAAAUUACAACAGUGUGAUAAUGUCUGCUUGGUAUAUCUUCACCUUAGGUCUUAUCAAGAGCAAAGAGAUUAUGUUAAUGAAAUAAUUAAAUUCAAAGUUGUUCCCUUUUCUAAAGAUAGGAAACAGGCAUUGACAAAAAAAUGUGAAGGGCAGUGGGGGGAAAUGGGCAUGGUAUAUUUUCAGUCUUUAAAACAAUAGAGUUGUUAUGAGAGUACACACACACACACACACACACACACAGUCUCUUAAACUAAGAUCAAAUAGAAGAAAGCUUAUUAACAAGUAGGAUCUUAUCUUAUCCAAACUGCAGAUGUUGCUGGCAUUGUGACAAAACCCACUGAUUGAAAGGUCAACUGCUAAGGCAGAAAUAGCUUUAGGCACUGUUCAAACAAUAAGGCUUCCAGAACUUCUGUAGAGCAGUAGCUCUAGUCAUGGUCUGUGGUUUGAGGUUUUAGCCGUCUCACCUAGCUCCCUAACACCCAAGGAGAUGCUUGUGAAAGUUCUGACUAGCAAAACCAAGUCAGAGCCUUGGAAACUGAAAUGUGGUGGAGUGGCCCUCACUCAUGGACUAAAAUUGAGUCACUCCUAAAUUUACCCAGGUGAGGCAAUUUUGUUGUCUAGAAUGAAAUUCCCAUAUUCCCCCAUUGAUAUGCUUUUAACAUUUGUAUAGUUUGGUUUGGUUAAAACACCUUAAAAUCAAUGACAGCUCCAGCAUUGCAGAUUUGGUGUGAUUCUAUUUUGGAAUAGCUUGUCACUUGUCACCAAAUGGGUCUGCUUUAUUAGUUACAGCUCUUGGCAAGAGGAUCCAGGGACCCAAAACCACAGAGCCAAACCCAAAUACCUGGCAUGACGGAGCAAAAGCAGUGUCUACUUGGACCCAGAUAUAGCGUCUCCAUUUGAACAACAACAACAAAAUAGCCAGCUGGUACAGCUGUUUGUGGUUGGCCUUACAUGGAUUUUUUUGAAUGGAUACCCAGAAACAUCUGCCCACACAUAACUGAGGGGAAAAAAAUGAACACUGAAAUAGUUAUUUGCUGUUGCUUCCAACUUGUAGUGCCAGUCUGCCUUUGCUAUGAAACAUGCCUGCUCAGAGACAGAGGGGAGAAGAAGAUCUUUGGUAAGUCUAAGUCCUAACACUGAGAAACUUUGUAAAAGUGCAGGGAGAUAAAGGGCCAAAAGGGAGAUAGGUGGAAAAGACUGGAAAAAGUCAUUGCUAAUACAAAUCUAUCAAUGAUGGCAGUCCAACUUUCUUGCUAAACUGGCUGCACAUCACCUUGCUGGUCCCCCCACAUACCUUUUUUGAUGCCCUUCUACUUCAUCAUAGCAAGGCCCUUCUGUACAUUAGCAAGCCUAGAUAUUUAUACUCUUGACUUUGACUAUCUACAGAAGAGUGGUUCAGCUAAACAGAAAUGGUUUAGAUCUAAAAAGGCUGUAUACAUUGCCCAGGCCCCUGCAUUUCUUUAAAUUUAUAAAAAUGAAGCUAAAACCUGGUUACGUUUGAAGCAAAUAUCUACAGUAUUUUUCCCUUUUAGAGAUGUAGCGUAUUUAGACAUCUAUAGUGGUAAGCACUUCCCAAAAGCAUUUUACCUUUCUGAACCUUAACAGACAUACUGUGCAACCUACCCAUCCUCUGCAGAGGAGGAAACUGAGACCUAGGAGAAUAAAGUGACUCACUCAGGUCACACCACUAAAGGAUUUUCAUCAUUUCAGCAUACCUAAGACAGCGCAAGCCAAUUUUCAGUUUUCUCGUAAGAUGGCUAUUACUCCUCUCAAAAUACAUUUCCAAGGAAGGAACAUAUGACUUUAUCGGCCACAGGGCAGACAUUUUUAUAGUGUCUGUGAUUAAAACGUUUGAGGUUUAGGUUUGCCAUUGUCUUUCCACAACAGCAAAAAAGCCCAAAUAAUUCAGAUGUAACCACACCAAGUGCAAACCUGUGCUUUGUAUUUCACAUACUAUUGUCCAUAUAAUUCUAAAUACAUGUGCAGGGGAUCACAGCUAGUGCAUUACACACUUGUUCAGUCUCCCCUGCAGACACACUAAGCAGUAAUACCAAUGUGUUAUGCACUCAACUAGAAGAUAAUAAGCUUUAAUCUGAGGACAAGUACAGUCCUCACAAAAGGGCAAGUUUGCAUAAUAGAUUUUCGAUCAAUUCUCUCUCCAAGGGGCCUGCAAGUAGGCUAUUAUUUAUAAAACACAACUGAAGAGGGGAUUGGUCUUAUUCUUAAAUCAUAUGUUGCUAAAUCAUUUUCUGAACAGUGUGUUCUAAAUCAGUCAUUGAUUUAGUGUCAGCCACGUGGAGUACCUUGGCUUAAAGCGACUCCACAAAACUGACACAACACAUUUGCCAAUUAAAUGGAUUUUGUUGAGAAUUUAAUCAUUCAAUUUGGUCAACCAGAAUGACUUACUGUGGAACUUUGUUUUAUGAGAGAUAGUUUUCCAACUUGAUUGAGUCUCUGUAUACCUUGGGAAAUCAUAUUUUUUAAUGAAGGGCAUUUUCAAAUUUGUCAACUUAUCAUUUCAGCCCUUGAAAUGAAGGCUUAUGGAAUUCUGACUGUGAAAUGAAUUUUUCUAUUGGGAGAUUAUGCAUGCCAAGAUUUAUUAUUUAUUGUUAGAUAAUUAUUUAUGUGUUAAUAUUGAUUAUUGAUUAUUGCUCUGUUGCAUUGGUUUAGCCCCAGUGUGGAGAAGACACUUUAGAAGUAACUCAGACUUCCAUCUCCCUAAAAUCUAAGUCUUUACUUCAAGUUUUACUUUUUGAAUUGCUAUAAAGAGGGAAAAAAUGAUCCCUGCAAACACUUAAAGAAGCUGUGUUUUUUUCUUUCAGUUAAUUCCAACCAAGAUGUUAACGUCCACUUUACCAAAGAAACUUAUUUGGUUGGUUUUGAGUUGGUGUUGGUUGUUUGUUUACCAAAGAAAUUAUUCCAUUUAUCAAAAUAUUUCUCCUGGUCAACUAAACAACUGUGAUACUGGGUCUUUUUUGGCCAUUCAUAAGGAAAAUUUUUAAAAGUCAGGGUAUGGAUGAUAUUUUCUCAUUUAGUGAAACUCAGAAGAAGAUGUAAAUUCACAGGAAUAUGGUGUUUGCAAAAAAGAAAAUGAAACCUGAAAUAGGACGUUAUUAUUUAGUCCUACAGCAACACUCCAACAGGUGGCAUCAGGGUUCCUCGCGUUAAAAGAGGUAGUUUGUUCCAGAGAUAAAGGAAGACAAACCCUCAUGAAAUGUUUCUCCAUUGUUCCAGCUCAUAAGUUUUGCUUCAUUUUGGGUUUUGGAGUUUUUAGUUUCUUUGGUGUUUGUUUUGCUUUUAUUUGGUUUGUGGUUUGUGUUUGCUUGUGUUUGCUUCUGCCUUUCCAACCACUUUUACUCCCUCAGUUUUCAGUGAGAAGUGAGAUAAUCAGAUGCCACCCUCCAUGGCCACACUUACUUAUGCAGUAUAGUGCUCCAAAUGAGGGCCUUGGUAACCCUUAUGACCCUUUUCUUUUAACUAACCACCACCCAUUUGUAAGUGGCAUUCUGGGAGUAUGACACCACUUUUCUCCAGUGCCAAUGACAGAGCUCACCUGUGUCCAUCACAAGAACAAGUGGAAUGGGCAGCUGCCUUGGGGGUGUGGCGUGAGGCAGAGCCUCUUGGACACAAAUGUUAUCUUCCUCAUAAUGGCUUUAUUCUUUUGGAUCCUAUUAAAGUACUCCUGUAGCUUAUAGUAGUGUUUGACCUCUGUGACUCUGCUUUCUCAUCUGUAAAAUGGGGAUAAUAUCAGUAAAUUUCUUUAAAUUCAGCAAAUACUUAUUGAGUGCCAAAUAUUGCCCAGAUACUGUUCUAGAGACUGGGAGCACAACAGGCAACAAAUCAGAUUUUUAAAAAUCUGUUCUUGUAGAGCCUACCUUUGAGUGACAUUGCAGGUAUAUUGUGGGGAUUGAGUGAGAUGAGAGAUGACAUUUGUAAAGCACUCUUGGAAAGUCCUGGCAAAGAAAAGAGACUCAAAACAUUGUAAAUCAUCAAUCUCGCAUAGUAGCACUAGGACUCAGGAUGUAAAACUGCUGAGAAAUAUACUGGAGCCUGAGAUUAGGGCUACAAAUGCAAUGAGUUGCCACAGAAGGUAGUUAAUUACCAGUCAUUUUAGGACAUUCAAAAUUAAGCUGAUCACCACUUAGUGGGGCCACUGUAAAGAGGGUGCAAGCCCUGGAUGUUGGCGUCAUACUAUGAUCUUUGAAAAAAAUGGAUACAGGCACUUGGGUUUGAGGAUGGAGAAGGGAUAGCACUGAUUAUUGAAUAACUGUGCCUGGCUUGUCCGAGGGAAUGUAAACAUUCCUUUUAGGUAAUUUGCUUUAAUUUUGUGUUAAAAGCACCAGGUAUUUAGAGACAUAAAGUUUCUAUUUUUUAAAAGCAUAGUAAAGCUGCAAUACAAAGGAAAAUAUUAAGUUAGUGGAUUUGCUGGCAAAGAACUAAGAAUGGCUGCAGCCAACACAUUGCAGAGUUCCUCCCUGUGGUGGUUACAACUGUUUAUUUCUGUUUCAUGCCAGUCUAGGAGAAAGCAAAGAGGAAAGUGGAUGAGCUAUAAUCAGUUCACCUGAAUAGGCAGUUCCAGGAUGUCCCCCCCAGCUUGCCUCUCACCUGCCCUGCCUCUGCCCAGGUGAUUUGUUUGAAGUCCUCUUUGAUAUCUAUGAAAGCACCGUGGAAGAAAGAGGAAGUGAGGCAACCAGACAGCUAUGGCCUCUGUGCAGAUUUUUGAGUUAGAUUAAAAUUGGCACCACCUGAUUAGAGCCUAUCUGGUGAGGAAAGAAGUCUUCUUUUCAAAGUACAAAGAAAGCAAUGCAUACCAAGGAGGCAACCAACAGAGAAACCUUGGUGAAAGAAAUGACGUUCCUGUGGAAUGUGCCAGCAGCUUCGCCCUCCAGAAUGCUGACACCAGAUGAAUCUUUGGUUAGAAUUAAGCCUACCCCUUUGUUUUUCACAUGAGAAAACGGAACGCUGGAGAGUGAAAUUAUAUUCACAAAGCUAAUUAGAGACAGAUAUGACACUAUAAUUGAAAUCUAGUUCUUAGCCUCAAUUCUUUCUCCAUUCUGCCACCUUCCUGCCAAAUUCUAUUUAUCUAAAUUGUGGGGGUCUUAACCUGGGGGCCGUGAAUAAGUUCAUGGGACGGGUCUGAGCUCCCUAAAAUUAAAUUAUAUGCAAAAAUGUGUAUAUAUAUGGUCAAAAUGUGCAUUUUCCCAAAAGAGAGGGCUCAUAGUUGUCAUCAGAUUGCAAAAGAGGUCUGUGACCCAAAAAGGGUGAAGAACCACUGUCCUAAAUUAAUAAAGACCUCUUUGGGAGUGUGA